AUGGCAUACGAUCCUGGCUAUAAUAUGACAUUAUGGAAUCCUGCAGUUGGAAAAUAUUACAAACUCAUUCCAAAUUCUCUUCUCAGUCAAAAGUAUUUUAAUCCUUUUUCGACAUCUCCAGUAUUUGGUUUUGCCUAUGAUUUUGUGGCCGAAGAUUACAAAGUUUUAUGUGUACAUCUGUACUUGAAAAACGAUAGUCUAAGACAUCCACGUUACUUUGUUGAAGUAUACUUGGUUAAAAAUCAAUGUUGGAGAACAAUUCACAAUAUUUUUCCUGGUCCCUCUGAUCCUUUGCCACCGCACAUAUACCAUGAUCAAGUUUCAUUAAACGGUGUUAUUCACAGAAUAGCAUAUAACUGGACAAUACACAUGAUUAUAUCUUUCCAUCUAGCAGACGAAAAAUUUAUUGUAACGCCAGUGCCAAGUACAUGUGGGAUAAAACCGACAUUAUAUGCAUUGGGUGAUCGCGUCUGUGUUCUGGCAACUGUUGGUGAGGAAAUUUUGAUUUGGUCGCCGGAGAAAGAUAGUAAAACUGUCUGGAAUUGUAUCAACAAGUUCCCUACUUUAGUUUCACUUAUUGGAAAGCCUAGUCAUUCGCAGGUGACACAAGUUGGGGACUUUAUUGCAAAGAAGGCUUUGUAUGUGGAAAGUUUAGUUUCCUUGAAGAUUCCGUGGGAUUAA